CCCAUAGACCAGAUUAACUACGACAGCUUCACUCAGAUCAGUGAUGGCUUGGCUUCGCCGAAUCAUAAUUCUCCCGAGAGUAUACUGUACGGAUCUCAUGGAAAUGUGUCUCCGCAAAUCAUGUCAGACUAUCGGAGUCGACCUAGCCCUGGUUCCAGUCCUGGGUUGGCAUUGGUUAAUAACCCCGACUCGAACUCCAGUGCACCUUGUAGUCCUGUUUCACACAACAUUGGAACUAACAAUGGACAAUCGUACGAUAAAUAUCCCACCAGUGAUGGCUACGUGCAGAACACCCUACCACAGUAUUUGGAACACAUUACAUUGGACUGGACUACCCUGGUUCAGAGUCUAGUAGAGUCUGGAUGUACAUUGACUGCGCAAGUCCAGUGCGAUACAGAUUUUACGACUAACCAGAUGGUCUUCAGCGGGUUCGAUGAUUCCUACAUGACAAUGAACAACAGUCUGGGUAUGCGAACACACGCAGGGAAUCAAGGCAAUGGACAGCUUCAAAAUCACCAGACAGCCACUCAACAGAACAACCAGUUGAACUCGGUGAAUUGUCAGAACAUGCAGAAUAUGCAAAACAACAGCAUAAACAACAUGUUCAAUGGGACAACGGAACCGUUGCUUAGCUUACCGAAUACGCAAUCGCUGAUAGAGCCCCAGACUCCAACGAUUCCGGAAAUUGUAUUUACAGAUUACUCAACUAGAGAUGAUUUUGAGGCAGACCUAGGGCUUGGUCACAUGGACUUUCAAAGCAUUCAAAUGCUUUCCGAUACCAGCACUAUGAUUGAUCCCAUGGACGAGGACAGUUUCCGGCGAGACUUGCAGUGAACCGGAUAACCACAUUCGCGCACAACCAGCUAGGUUGGCGAACUGCAUCUCGGGCAUAAUAAUAUACUCUUGAAAGGAUGCAACUGCUGCUUACAACACCGUGACUUGAAGUCAACUUUACGAGAUCCUCUCUUGCUAGACAGUGUUUUGUGUGUGUAGAGCUAUAUGCUGACCUGGUCGAUGGAGCUACAAGCAGACCUGGGCACAGCCGAUGGACACAUGCACACGGAUAGGUGGAGGGAACUAGUUUAAAAAUUGUAAUAUACAGUGUUACUCUGAGGCUGAUCGAGUUGUUUUAUGGGUAGAGGGAUGAAGUUACAAGUAAACAAAUUUGUAUAGCAAAGAGCGUCAUGUGGUUGAAGGGAGCUAAUAUCCUUUCCGGAAUGUUAUGUUUCAAAAUUUAUCAGUGAAAAUCACAAUAGUUACUUCCCGUUCGGCUUGAGUUUUUGUUUAUGAAACUUGUGCGGACGUGUAUGAGCGACAGAUGAAACAUGGCUAGGCGAUUAUAUCCCUUCUAUCUGAACAUCCGUUUACUAUUAAUCUCUGGAGGUGGCUGUUAUGGCGUACUGCAUGAUUAUUUCGUGUAGAAUUCUGCUGCUUUUUCUGUUAAGCUUUUUCUUUUGCAGAUUAGUUUCCUGAAAGUGGUUUGAUAAACAUGUCAGAAAAGCACAAAACUAGAUUUGGCUAAACUAACGGAAAAUCCUCGUUCCCAUCCGCCUAUAAGCGUAUACGUAUGCUACAGAAGUUGAUUGUAUGUUGCACUUGUUUAAUAUAAAAUGAAUUAUUUUGUUUUCUGCCGGCCGAAGGCUAAACCGAUCGCCGCUAUAGUGGUCAUCAAUUCACAUGAUAAGAUUUGUUUUAAAUGAUACCCUCCACCCUGUGGAGUACCUGUGCAUCACAUUACUGGAAAGGCUUUAAAUGAGAAGAGAUGAUAAGGAAUAUCGACAAAAGAAGGAUAAAUCAUAAACAACGGAAAGCUCGAAAGCAUAUGUUAAGUGGAAACAUCAAGAAAAGAUUCUAACCAGUUCUAGAAAGGAACUGCAGGUGAAGUAUCCGUGUAAUGCUCUUUUUGAAUUGCCGCUCUAGCAAAUAAGCAACCUAACGACAUUGUGCUAUUGAUCGAUAAAGUAGUAAAAGUAAUGUACCAAUCCUAGGCUAAUGGUAUGAAGUAAGUUUAGUUAGUUUACGAAAGAAGCAACGUGACAAAAAUAUAUGAAAAAAAAAACAAAAAACGAUUUUAAAAAUACGAAUGAGGGGUACAGUGAGAGGAAAGAGUAGCAAAGGUGUGUUCAGGGGCGGGGCAGAAUUACUUAAUUUUUCUUCUUACAUCACCGAACAGAAUGACAGUGCAUGGUUUUAUUUGGUUUUUAAAAAUUAAAUUCGAGAUCUAAUCAGUACUACGGACGAUUGAAAUGAUUUUUGGUUUUCUUAAAAUAUGAGAUCGUGGUAUGAUCAGAUUGUUGGGGCACAGAUGGAUAGAUAGAAACAGAGAGUUAGAGAAGUGCAAACACUCGUAACGAACGAUACAAACAGUUUGCACGGAGUUGUAUUAAACGAAUCCCAUUGAUUUCCCUGUGAUUUGGCGAUCGAAUUGAAUGUUACACAACGCGGAAAAGUACGCAAAGAGCAUACAGGAGCAACAUUAAGUAAGCGCCGGUUGGUUAGAAGGCUUCGAAGGGAAGCAAUGGAAAAGAUGUAUAAGUGUUAUAAUAUCAUAACAUAUCACGUUUGACGAA